AUCCUUUGUGCGGCGCUCCGGCUGCGCCGCGCGGAGCCACGGAACGGAAUGUGGGCGCUGCGGAGUCUUUUUUCUUCAGCCCAAACUCUGGAAACAAUGGACUGAAAGUGGGGAACAUGGACUGAGGAGCCCGAACGAGGAAGCGAACUGCGCGGGGCAAUCAUGACUUCUGCCGCCGAGAUGAAGAAGCCACCAGUGGCCCCCAAGCCAAAGAUUCAAGUGGCAAAUAGUAAGCCACCUCCCCCUCCAAUUGCACCUAAACCUGACCUUAUGAUUGCUAGUGUUCCACAAUCAACAAAGAAAACCAAACCAGCAAUUGCACCGAAACCAAAAGUUCUGAACUGCUUGCCUGUUCCAGACGUUCGGCAGUCACCAUCAAGGAAAAUCACUGUGAACCUGGAAGAGCAAAAACCAGAAUUACCUGAAAACACUGGCAACCUUAAUUGCAAACAUGAAGGGGAUUGGGGCGGCAAUGAUGUCUUACCAAGGUGCUCCUGCACUUCCAAGUACAACCAGAAGCCUGGGAAUAGAGAGAACAUGUGUGGAAAGCAGCUUAUUUUAGAGCCUUUGGACAUGAAAGACAACUUAGAUAAUAGUAAAAUCGAUGAGUCCUCUUUGUCUAUAAAAAGUCAGAGUAAAUGGGAUUCUCAUGGUGAAAAGCACAGGAGCCCCAGUGGAGUCGCUUCAAAGGCAGGUGUCCUUGAAGAGAAGCUCAGAGAAAGUUCAACGCAACAAGCAUCAGCUUUUAGUGCCUUGCAGAAGCACAGAUCCACAGACAACACAGAGGUGAAUGGCACCUGCAAUUCCAACAGACAAAGCAGAAUUGAACUUAUGGAUUUGUCUCAUUCCUUGUCCAGCUUUGAAAAAGUUCCUGCUCAUCACAGCAGCCCCCUGCAACUUAGUAGGGAUGAAUUUCAAAAUCGGGAAACUCUUCAGGACAACAGUGAAAAAAGCAAUAGCUGCUUUCAUUCCUCUAAACUAGACACUCUAGAAAAUGGUAAAAAAGAUUCUUUUACAUCUUCAGAUGAAGUUAGUAAGAAAACAGAACUCAAAGACUUUGGUCCCUUAGAAAUUCACUUAAUACCAUAUACUGUAAAAUUUCCAACUCCCAAGGCCAGAAAGACACGCACUCCUGCUCGUCUGUUACGCCAAAAGCAUGUAGAUACCCCUAGUGAGAGUACUGAGGAACCUGAGAAUUUAAGCAACAGCUCUUGUCUUAUCCAAGAUAGUUUGAAAAACAGUAAAGUCAGUUUUCUUCAUCUGAAUGUUGUCCAUAACCAGGAACAAGUAGACAAAGCAAAGCUGGGAAAUAAAAGUGACUUGAAUAGUGACCCUAAUGAUGACAGACAAGACUUAGUCAAUUCACAAAAAGCCACCUGUCAUGAACCAUCUUCCUUUGAAACAAUGGCACCUUCUUUAAAUACAGACUCCAAUUUGGCUUGUGACAGCACGACUGUAGAUGGUUCUAUUGUAUUACCUGCUGUGGACAAAGAGACCAGUUUUGUAAGAUGUACUACUCUAUCUUUAAGCCUGCCUAAACAGCUCAAAUUAAACUGCACUGAUCAUCUGCCAACUGCCUGUAACCCAGGAGUGACUGUGAAAGAAAGUUCUUCAAGAAUUGUCCCCAAAAAACCUCAAAGACACAGCUUGCCUGCUGCAGGAGUGCUUAAAAAGGCUGCCUCUGAGGAGCUGGUAGAGAAAAGUUCUUAUCCCUCAACUGAAGAAACAGAUUCAAGACAGGGUCUAGACAUAACUCACCUGCAGCAUCUGUGUGCCCCAAACCAUAGUAUGCCAUCAUCCUCCUUUGAUGCACCUGGAUCAACUUCAGAAAAGCCAGUGUGGAAAUUACCUCGUCCUAUUUUACCCUUUUUCGGGAACCCAGAAUCCUUAAAGUCUGUCAUUGUGUCGUCAUAUAGUGAGCCUUCCACUUCCCUAACCAAGCGUAGAGCGAAAUCACUGUCUGCCAUGGAUAUGGGGAGGUGCACAAAGCCUUGCAAAGAUGCCCCAAAGAAAAAUUCUUUCAAAAAGUUGCUCAAUGUGAAACUGUCCCUCUGCUUGAUGAAGAGUGAUUUUCAGAAAUUGUGGUCCAGGGGUAGCCAACUUGGAGAUGCAUCUGCAGGCAACCUGUCCAGUGGGGAGCAGAAAGGGAUUGACUUGGUGGUAGAAGAGAAGAGAAGUAAACCCACCAAGGCGUAUUCGGCAGAUAACUACAGCCCCGAAUCUCAAAAGAAGAGGAAGAAGUCUUGGGGCCAGACUGGUCCAGCUAAUGGGCUGAGGACUGAAUCUUUGGAUGACCAGAUGCUCUCUAGGGAUUCCUCAUUUCAGGCACCUUGCAAGACUGUUACAACCAGCUGUGCACCUGAGUAUGAAAAUAUACGCCAUUAUGAGGAAAUACCAGAGUAUGAGAACUUGCCAUUUAUUUUGGCUAGAGGGAAAACUCCAGAGUUGGAAUGGCAGAAGUCCAGCAGUGUGGAGGAAACUGAUGCAAAUGUGUAUGAGAUGGAAGAACCAUAUGAAGCUCCAGAUGGCCAGAUGCAACUUGAACCCAGACAUCAGCACUCCAGCAGUUCUGGAGCAUCCCAGGAAGGACAGGAUGAUCUCGACCUUGGUCUUGGUGACCUGCCCUCCGAUGAGGACGAAGUCAUCAGCAGUUCUGAUGAAGAUGAUGUCAGCUCUGAGUCAAGUAAAGGAGAGCCAGACCUGGAAGGUAAACAGGAUGAAGAUACUGGAAUGAAAAGUAAAGUCCAUCAUAUUGCCAAGGAGAUCAUGAGCUCAGAGAAAGUGUUUGUGGAUGUACUAAAACUUUUGCAUAUUGAUUUCCGGGAUGCAGUAGCCCAUGCUUCCAGGCAACUUGGGAAACCAGUGAUUGAGGACCGGAUCCUAAAUCAGAUCCUGUACUACUUGCCUCAGCUAUAUGAGCUGAACCGGGAUCUGCUCAAGGAACUGGAGGAAAGACUGCUAAACUGGACUGAACAACAAAGAAUUGCUGAUAUCUUUGUAAAGAAGGGACCGUAUCUAAAGAUGUAUUCCACAUACAUCAAAGAAUUUGAUAAGAAUAUAGCUUUGCUGGAUGAGCAAUGCAGGAAAAACUCAGGCUUUGCUGCUGUUGUUAGAGAAUUUGAGAUGAGCCCUCGCUGUGCCAACCUGGCCCUCAGGCACUACCUGCUCAAGCCGGUCCAGAGGAUUCCCCAGUACAGGCUGCUGCUGACAGAUUACUUGAAGAAUCUCUUAGAAGAUUCUGGAGAUUACAGAGACACUCAAGGUGCCCUUGCUGUCGUUAUAGAGGUAGCUAACCAUGCCAAUGACACCAUGAAGCAAGGAGACAACUUUCAGAAGCUUAUGCAAAUCCAGUACAGCUUAAACGGACACCAUGAAAUAGUACAGCCUGGACGUGUUUUUCUCAAAGAAGGAAUUCUGAUGAAGCUAUCUCGGAAGAUCAUGCAGCCCCGCAUGUUUUUCCUGUUUAAUGACGCCCUACUGUAUACAACACCUGUGCAGUCUGGGAUAUAUAAACUGAACAACAUGCUCUCAUUGGCUGGAAUGAAGGUCAGAAAACCCACCCAAGAAGCAUAUCAGAAUGAAUUAAAGAUCGAAAGUGUCGAACGUUCCUUCAUCCUCUCAGCCAGUUCUGCCACAGAAAGGGAUGAAUGGCUAGAGGCAAUUUCCAGGUCAAUAGAAGAGUAUGCCAAGAAAAAAAUCACCUUCUGUCAUAGUAGGAGUCUUGAUGAGGCAGACGCAGAAAAUAAAGAGGAAUCCAGUCCACUUGGGUCAAAGGCUCCCAUCUGGAUUCCUGAUACCAGAGCCACGAUGUGUAUGAUCUGCACCAGUGAAUUUACUCUGACCUGGAGACGGCACCACUGCCGGGCCUGCGGAAAGAUUGUAUGCCAAGCUUGUUCAUCAAAUAAGUAUGGGUUAGAUUACCUGAAAAACCAGCCAGCAAGAGUAUGUGAACAUUGUUUCCAAGAACUGCAGAAAUUAGAUCACCAGCACUCCUCUAGGAUUGGAUGUCCUGGAAAUCACAAGUCUUCAAGUGCUUUAUCAUCAGUCUUACAUAGUAUCCCAUCUGGGAGGAAACAGAAAAAAAUCCCAGCUGCUCUGAAAGAAGUAUCAGCAAACACAGAAGAUUCUUCUAUGAGUGGUUACUUGUACAGAUCAAAAGGCAAUAAAAAACCAUGGAAACACUUUUGGUUUGUCAUAAAAAAUAAAGUACUAUAUACAUAUGCUGCAAGUGAGGAUGUGGCAGCUUUGGAGAGUCAACCUUUACUAGGAUUCACUGUUGCUCAAGUCAAAGAUGAGAACUCAGAGUCUAAAGUAUUUCAGUUACUGCACAAAAACAUGUUAUUUUAUUUAUUCAAAGCAGAUGAUGCUCACUCUGCUCAGAAGUAA